AUGGCGAAGAAAGAGGCAAAGUUAGGGGUUACGGCGGUGAAAAUGAUGACUUUUGAACGCCUGCAUGCAGAACUCGAGGACAAAGGUGGGGAUAAGAAGUUAUACAGACUAUCCAAGGAAAGGGAGAGAAGGGCGGGUGACCUGGAUCAGGUGAAGUGCAUCAAGGACGAAGACGACAGAAUACUAGUGGAGCACUCGAAAGCUAGGUCAGGUUUGGAUAGACUGACUGCAUUGUUUAAUGUCAUUUUUAAGACGACGAGAAUGCCCGAAGAAUGGAGGUGGAGUACAAUGAUUCCUUUGUACAAGACCAAGGGUGACAUCCAGAGUUGCAACAACUAUAGGGCUAUUAAGUUGCUAAGCCACACUAUGAAAGUCUGGGAGAGCGUGGUAGAGAUGAAGACUCUAGAGUCUAAAGGUUUCAGGUUGAGUAGGACCAAGACAGAAUACUUGGAGUGCAAGUUCAGUAAUACUAACGAGCAUGAGGCAGGCGUGAAAGUGUGGCUUAAUACUCAGGUUAUUCAAAAGAAAGGAAGUUUCAAGUAUCAUGGGUCUAUUAUCCAAGGGAAUUGA